AAAAGCAUCAAUAAAAACGCCCUUUUGAGGGCGACUAAAUCUAUUACAUAAAGAGUUAACUAAAAUCUUGAGAGAAUGUAAAACUGUAUUUUUUUUUUUUUUGUAAAAACAUUUUUCAUUUAAAUUGAAUUUUAAUUUAGCACCUUUUUUAUUAUUCCUAUUCUUCAUUUUGGUUUACCCUCGGGUUUAACUCACUUAAAAUUAAGUUGAGAAGUAUUAGAACAAUUCAAAUGUGGCUCAGAUGUGACAUUAAUUACGUUUUUAAUGGAGUUUUAAACAUAAAUUUAAGACAAUUUUCGCUGACCGAAAAUCAUCAAUAAAAAUUAAACCGAUAAACAAAACUUGUGACACGUCUUAUAUCUAACCUUCGAAAAGCCAACGCAGAAUCUGAUUUGGUGUAAUUUUUUGUUUCUAUGAACGAUAGGGGCAAAAAUAGCCCAAAAAUUUAAAUAAUUUUUCUGACAAUACCAAUGACAGAUAAUUUUCACUCUAAAGGAAAAUAUUACGUUUGAGUAUUGUAGUUUCUUGUUCUAAAACGGUUUUGCUUAAAAAAGAUUGGAAGUAUAAAAAAUAAUUAAAAUCAAUUUUCAAUAUGAGAAUUUAAAAAUUUGCCAUUUUUUGAGCUUAAAAAUUUACUAUAUAGCAAAUAGUUGGAGACUUGCAAAAAAUAUCUUGACAUUCCUUCAACCUUCUACUUUGCAAUUAUAUACAAACAUAAGAAAAAAAUAACUUCAGGUUUUCAGGAAAAAAUAUUUUCUAUAUGGGACACCGGUGUUCCUAUCGUCCUUAAAGGGUUAACCCUAGAAUGAUAGACUAACGGAUGAAGCAUUUUAAUUCAUAAAUGAUAUAUUUUUCUUAAAUUCUUUAUAAUUUUUAAACCUUAGAUCCCACAAAAAUAAAUAUAACAUGAAAUGGUAUCCACAUUACCAUAUACAGAGAAUAUAUUUUUAUUGUAUUUAAAAUUUUACUGGUGUUACAAAUAGAACAAUUGUAAGAAAAAUUUAAAAAAAAAAUGCGAAAAUAUGCGACAAUUAAAACCACAAAUGAAAAAGUCUCUUUCAACAUUUUUAUAUCCAUAAAUAUUUUUUUCCUUCAAAUCCAAACAAAAUAUUUUUCUAGAAAUAUAUAUUAAAAAAAAAAGCAUUUGAAGUAGUCUUUAAAGCUAACGGAAUUGGUAAUUACCCAUCGAGUUGCAAUAGAUAUUACUUUAAUUGAGACAUGCUACUAAAACUCUUUCAAUUUUUUAAUAUAUUGAUAAGAUUUUAAUGUAAAACAUUUCUCAUUGUGUUUGAGUAACUUUGAUUUUUCGGCUUAAAAUGUUUGAAAAUAUUCUAAAAAGACCAUGAUUUUGGAUUCACAGCGAAUGUCAGUUUUGACACAAAAAUACGAUAUAUUUUUUUUAUAAAUUUAAUUAUAGGUAUCGAAAUAUUGUUGAAAAUAUAUUUAAUUAUAUACUAGUACAAUUGAAAAUUUGUGAAUUUAUUUACGCAGAAUGAUCAUCAUAUUCAAAUGCUGUUACUUUUCAUCAAUAUUUGUGAUCGACAUUGUCGUUGCAAUUUUGUGAUUAUUUUCGAAAAUAUUAGAAUAGGCGGAUGUAUUUUUAAAAUAUGCUUAAUUGACAUUUAGUUUUUCGAAUUGCUUAAGUAGGAAAUACUUAUUUGUUGAUUUAAUUAAGUUUUUUCAAAGUCUUGCGAAUACGAUGAAAAAAUGAGUGCAGAUCAAAGCCAAAUUCCGGUUCCAAUAAAUAGGUUACCUUUUCAAGUAAGGUAAAAUGUUGCAAUUUCUGCUAAUUUUCUUGAAAAAUCUACCCAGUAUUCGCAAGAAUGGCAGAAGAGACAUCCGUGGAAGUAGCCCCAGCAGUAUCCCCAUCCGGGAAGAAGGCUAAGGCCUCCAAAAGUGCCGGCCCAAAGAAACCUCGAGUGAAGCCAACGCACCCGAAGACAUCUGAAAUGGUUAACAAUGCCAUUAAAGAUCUGAAGGAGCGUGGUGGAUCAUCCCUGCAGGCCAUCAAAAAGUUUGUGGCAGCCCACUACAAGGUUGAUGCUGAGAAAUUGGCCCCAUUCAUCAGACGCUACCUGAAAUCCGCCGUGACAAGUGGAGCUCUGGUUCAGACCAAAGGAAAGGGAGCGUCUGGCUCAUUCAAGUUGGCCGGAUCAGCAAAAGGCGAAAAGUCAGCGACAAAGAAGCCCCGUGUGAAGAAAGCUUCUGGAGAGAAGAAAGUGAAGAAAGCUGCAUCGCCCAAGAAGAAGGCAACUACUGCAGCCAAGAAGGCAGUCGCAGCGAAGAAGCCAAGUGGUGAGAAAAAGAAGGCAGCUGCACCAAAGAAAACUGCAGUAAAGAAGUCUGCCCCCAAGCAGAAAUCCACAAAGGCAUCUUCGAAAUCAGCAGGAACAAAGCCAAAAGUUCCCAAGCCGAAGAAGACUGGAUCACCGAAGAAAGCUGCACCAAAGAAGACAGCAGCCAAGAAGAAGUAACUUUCUUCAACUUUCCAUUACUUCUCUUCCCACAUUGGGAAAAAUCAAUCAAACAGCCCUUUUUAGGGCUACCAAACU